GCAACAUCGCGCCUCUGGCUGUCAAACGUAUCGAACGCCCUCGUUCGCUUCGGAGAUCAGCCGACGUUUCUAUCGUGUCGUGCUUUGAUCAAAACGAGAGUGUUGUUGUGUAUGCGGUCGGAACUGCGACGCGUUCGUUCUGUGUUACAAUAAAACAUGAAUCCAGUGCUGUGCUUAGUGAUCAAAUAACGAUGCCAGUCAAAACUUAAACAGGUGCUGUGCUGUGAAAAGUUUUACUUUGUUGUGUGCUUCAGAUUUUAAGAUGACGGAGAAAAAUAAAUCUGAAAAGAUGACUAAUACAUCGAAACCUGUUCCCAUGAAGCUUUUUGCUGCCUGGGAAGUGGACAGGACGCCUUCCAACUGUAUUCCAAGGUUGUGCACACUACGCGUCACCCGUCUACGCGUAUGCGGUGCCCUUGGCGAGGCGGGCGGCGGGGCGGCGGGCGGAACGGGCGCGGGCGCGGUUAUCCUGGCGGCGCGCAUGCACAGCAGCAAGCGUACCCUGCGCUCGAAUGACAUCGCCGUGCCUCCCAUGGAUGUUGAGCUCGACCUGUGCUUCUCGUUGCAGUACCCGCAUUUUGUUAAGCGAGAUGGCAAUAGGUUGCAGAUUAUGCUACAGAGACGCAAGAAAUACAAGAACCGCACCAUUUUAGGAUACAAGACGCUCGCCGAGGGAGUUAUUAGGAUGGAUCAGGUGCUGCAGCGCUCCAUGGACAUGGAACUGGAACUAACUGGAGUCGGCUGCAAAGGUGGCGCCGCUGCAGGCCAGCCUGUCGCCCGGCUGUCCAUCACCGGGCUGGCGUCCACGCCCGUCGACCACGACACUAAGAACAACAACAACAUGCUCAUCACUGAACGAGGCUACUCAGAUGAAGAGGAAGAGGGCGAGUUCAGCUCCGUGGAGGAAGCAGACGAGAUGACGUACGGCGCGCCGGCGCGGCGCCGGACGCACCGGCAGCUCACGUUCAACAAGGCAGACCUAUCCUACACUAAGCUGUCGCGCUCACGAGACUUGAGCUUCAUGGAGCGCGAGCGAGAGAGACAGAGCUAUAUGCGCUCCAAGGCGGACAGAGACAGCGACAGUGAGCUGGAGAACGCGGCCGCCAAGCGCAAGGGCAGCCGCGGCAAGCUCGCGCAACGCAACCUGAAGCAGAAGUUCGCCGCGCUGUUGCGGCGGUUCAGAGUGCCGGAUGAAUUGGGCGAACGCGGCGCGGCAAGAGAUACGCAUCAUGCGCAGAGGGAUAUAGAUGAACUCUUCCAGGAAUUAGAGUCGCUAUCGUGCGGGGAGGGCGAGGACUCGGGCCCCGACCAGAUGGACACCAUCAGCAUCGGCUCCACGCCCAAACCCUCGCUGCGGCCCUUCUUCAGCAGCUCAAGAAGCUUGGCCAAUCAGGACCACCACAGGCAUUCCAAUGUGAGCCGGCACGCGAGCCUCGCCUCCACACAGCUCAGCGAGCGCCUCGCCGUUACCGUCCCGCUCACAGAAUCGGAGGCGGUUCGAAGCUCGGUGGGCGAUGAAAGGGGCAGCGAAGGAAACAGUGACGGUGAUCUAACAGCUGAUGCGCCUGUCUCUGGCGCUUCAGUUUCCAGCUCACCUCCUAAUGAGACCAAGGUACAGGAGGACAAGCGUUCCCGACUCUUCCGGAGUGCGACCAGCGGAGGCAACCUCACGCCGGCCGGUGCUACGCGCAAGAAGAACUCGUUGGCUGCCUCAGAUCGACCACUUUCGGCACACGAGCUGCCCGUACAGAGUCCUACUACACAAGAGCCUCGACGUACAAUGGUCGAGCAAAUCAGCCGUCUUCUCGGCGACGACGCGCCGCUCCCGGAGUGCGUGGCCGUGGCCCCGCCCGGCGCGGCCGGCGCGCUGCACGCCCUGGGCGUGCCCACCAUCGUGACCCCCGCACCUCAUGCUCCGGACGCAAGACCGCUACUGCAGGCAUUGUAUGCGAGGGCUGGGAAGCAGAGCGUGCGGCGCGGCUGCAUCCGCGUGGUGGUGGCGGGCGGCGACGGCGCGGCGGCGGCGGCGCUGCGCGCGCACGCCGAGCUGGCCGCGCGCCGCCCGCACGACGCGCCGCCCAUGCGGUUCUACAUCGUGCCCAUCGGUGGUGUAACAGUGGCCCGGCACUUGGCAGCCACGGACACGGCGUACGGCGCGUUGUUCGGCGACGCGUGGGCCGCGUGCUGCGAGCGCGCCGCCGAGGGCAGCCUGCCCGACCAGACCGAGAUGUCCUCCCGGAUAGCUAGGUACCUCAACAGCAUCGGGCCUGUAAACAACGUUCCCAUCGGCGAAGCCAUGGUAGCAUACAGAGAGCGUUCGGGAGAUGAGGAUGCCAGUCAAACUUUCGUGCCGUUUAUCGCUGAGGUCCGCGUGGGCUGCAGCGAGGGCGGCGUGUCGUCGCUGGAGCUGGAGGAGGGCGGCUCCCCGCCCGCGCGGCCCUCGCCGCCCGCCACGCCCGCGCCGCUCGACCUGCAGCCGCCUCUACUAGCGCGCGAGCCGCUCGAGCUGCAGCUCGACUACUGGCUGGUUCCAGGCCGGGCGACCGAGGGCGCUGAUGGCAAGGUGACAGUCAAAGCGUCCUUCAGAGCGCUGCACGUGACGCGGCAGAACGCGCACCUCUGCAUCACCUAUCUCACCAAGGAGAAGAAACAAAAGAUUAUGCGGUUGGGCAAGAAGAAAGAAAAGACUGGCGAAGCGGAGCCGGGCCGAGCGCAGACUGUGGAUGGUGUUGCACGACUCAUAUGCUCUGCUAAAGGCUCACACAAUCUGCCGCUCAAAGUGUACAUCGACGGCACAGAAUGGAACGGCGUAAAAUUCUUCCAACUGUCGACGCAGUGGCAGACGCACGUGAAAACGUUCCCCGUGGCGACCUGCGGCGCGCCGCUUGCGCCGCCGGAGACCUAGAAUUGGCUCCGAACCAAACUCGGUGUCAUCCACUCUCUGGCUUCCUCGCUCUGGCACUCGAGGGCGUCCCUAGCCGGCCACGAAUAAUCGCCGAGCUGGUUUAACGAGUUCAAAUUUGGAACGCGGCCAUUUUGAAAAGCGCAGCGGCGAAUGCUGGCCACUAAUAAAAAAAGCGCAGCUUGUUUGAUGGUUCAAAUUUAGAACGUGGCCAUUUUUAAACGGCGCACCCGUAGGGUUGCCGACGGCUUUCUAAUGAGGCUCUGAAACUUUUCGAACGUAUCGAUUUUUAGUAUUAAAGAUUUAAAAAAAUACGUUGGUUAUUUUGCAGUCAGUAAUAUUACGCUAUCGAGCUGCCAUGAUUUUAUUAGCGCGUAGAAAGCUUUUGUUGUGUAGCUUGAAUAGGGUUUACUGUUUGUUAUUAGAUUUGUAGUCAACUGUAUGCAUGCUUCGACUUCAAUGUUUAUCGUAUAGGUAUUCAAGUUACAUAAUAAACGCUCAAAAUCACGCUAACUAUUCAUUCAUAGUCAUUCAUUAGUUGUAUGUUUAAUGUUAUAAAAACUAGGUAUUCGCAUACUCAAUAUGUAUCGAGUUGAUGAAGGGUUCGUGACAUUUCCAUAAUGUAUGUAAAGUAAGCUAGGUUAUGUAUCAGACUAGAAGAAACCGAAUUUCGGAGUAUCUGUCGGCACAUAUCAUUGUAGGUUCGUGCUGCUGAGUGCGCUCGUUUUUAUUAUCUGUGAUUCGUUAAUGCAGUUUAAAAAAUGGCGACGGCGAUCGCCAGACAUUUUUUUGUAUAUUUUUUGUAAGCAACUAAAUUAACUGCAGUUUUUUAACUUUUGUACCGAUUAAUGCAUAGAAUUUUUAAUACCAAUAGAUUGCUAGAACACCAGUAUCUUCCGCAUGUAAUCUUACGCUCCAACGCUUUUAAUUUAAAGCCUAUUAUAGCAGGAAUCACAUCUCUUAGUUUCCUUGAAGUUUUCUGCCUCCAGUUUGAGAAUUCCGAGCCAAUUUGGACUUUAUUUAACGGCUAGUUUUAGGAGGUGGAAACCCCAAGGGGACGGGUGAUGUACUGUAGCAACGAAUAGUCGAAUGAUAUCAUAUGUUAACUGUACUCUUGUAGGUUAGAGAUGUGUAGUUCACACUCGCGGCUGUGUUGUCGAAAGUCAGCCAUGUUUACUCAAAUUUCAGGAAAAUAUAAAGGGAUUAUGAUCGUAGAUUAUAGCCAGGUCGUGACUAAGAUUGAAUACUUGUAGCAAGAUUGAAAUUACGCAGUUUUUGACUUACGAGUCAACAAAUUUUGAAUGCUGGUACUUUUAAGUACAUUUAAAUAUGACUUCGAGCUAAUGUAUAAAAGCGUAUAAAGGGUCAGUUUUAAAUUAUCUGUGAAUUAGUUUCCCAAAUAUUUUGUUUAUUGCCUAACCCCCUAUUCAUAAACGUUUACUAAAGUUGACAAGCCGAUAAUAAUCGUUUGUCCCUUUCCAUCAUACCAAUACGUCGGAAAGGGACAAACGAUUAUUAUCGGCUUGUCAACUUUAGUGAACGUUUAUCAAUAAGGGGGUAAUUGUCUAAGUAAAUAGUUUUUAGCUUAUUAAACAAUACGAAAGACGUGCCAAAUUAGAAUCAAUUUUAACGUUAACACCGUUCAGAUUUUGAAGUAGAAGCUUCUACAAAGUGAAUUAGAGGAAAAAAGAAAUUAAACGAAUAAACGAAAUUCAUCCUAACUACCUUAACAGUGAGGUAUUAUAUAGCAGUCACAUGAACAUUCUCUGUUCCAAGACCUUUUAAAAUUUCGAAAUUUUAAAGAUUCUAAGUAAAAUACUAACAACUCGUAAAAUGUCUGUAUAAUAUAUGCUACUCAUAUUUAACUGUUGACUACUUAGUCUUAGGUGUACUACAAAAUUAAUAGGCGUAGGUAAAUAAAAUAUUUGGAAGAAACUAGUUUUCGUAAGUAUCUAAAAAAUAAAUUCGACAAUAGUUUUGCCAAUAGUCGUACGCUUUCUGUAAGUAAUGUAUCGUUGUAGCCCGUUAGUGUAAGGCGUAAGAAUAAGAACAAUCAAUAUUACUUCACAAUAAGAUGUCAGAUAUUCUUGAUCCCCUAUAUUAAACUGAAAACUGACUCCAAUCCACCCUAGCCACAGUUUUUAGACCAUUCGCUACGCUCAAUAUUCGCUAUAUUAAGUCCUAUUACUGUAACUACAUUAUCAUCUCUGUCAGUAUUGUUUACUCUUCUUAAGCAAUCUAGUACGAAGUUGUCUCGUAUCAUAAGUAGAAAAAGCAAAGAUAUCUCAAGGCUUUUAAGAUAGAUUUUCUUCGUUUUCUUCAAAUAUGUAGUUUCUUUUAGAUCUUUCAAAACUGUUUUCCAAAUUUCUGCCUUACGUUUCAUUUUUCAAAUGUAUAAUUGUUACAGAUAUGUGUAAACUAUAGUAUACAUAUUUCAUAUUAAGUAACAUCCUUAUUACACAAUAUUUAAAUAUCGAGUCUUGUCUUAUCGCGGAAGUAUAUUAGGGGCGGGCUGUAGUUUCGUUACUCGAUAUGUCAUGCUUUGCUAAAAUAUCCGGUCGUAAGUACCUUUUCCUCUUACACAAUGUUAAAACUUUAUACCAACCUACCAACUAUCACAGGAAUAUGACCCGUAUAAACUCAUUAAACAAUACUUUAUCUCAAUUAAUCUGUAUUUCAUAAAACAACAAAUUCAAUACAAUUAAUAAUAAAUGUUGAUAUUUAAUCGAUACGCGCUCUAGUCGUCUCGCGUAAUGGAUGACUUCUUUUUGUAUUAAAUGCGUAUGAGAUUGUACUAUAGCUAUAGCCUAUAAGAAUCGAGCCGUGCGGUUUUACUACAAAGUUAGAAAACAAGGAUAAUUGUACCUAGUUACUAAAUUAUUGUAAAGUCAACUCGUAUGUCAUCGCCAUAAGGUUCACCACGAACUGGAGUUAAAAUAACCUACUGGAAACAUACAUGCUCUUGUAGAGUAAAUUUAGAGUCAUGGGAUUCGUCAUUAUAUUUCUAACUUUGUAGUGGAAUCACAUCACGUUCAGUCCUCUUUGCACGGUCCAUCUCUAUUGUCGUAUGAAAAGCCAGGUGGACCGUGUGCAGAGGGCUUUGCUGUCCCCUUAUAAAAUAACGUACAGUGGAUACAAAAAAUGUAGUUACAUAGAUCUGGACUGAAAUAUUUUAGGGUUGGUGAACAAUAUAUCUGCAUCGGUAGUAACGAUCGAGUGAAUGCUCGAUUAAAAUCAUGCGAAUGAUUUUUGUUGAAAAUGAAAUCAAUUUAACUAGUCUGAAUGUGAAAGAACUGUGCGUUUUUAUGUACGUAGGGGCAGCUUAGAAUAAGUAUCUAAGCAAAUUUGGAUCUUAGGAAUCGAAUAUAAACCAUCCAAGUUCAAUAAAGUAGGAUAGUUGUUACUUUUCAGUUGUAGCUCUAUAUAAACGUAUCGCAAUAACUGUUUAAUGUAAUUUAACUGGAUUAGAGCAGUCAGAUAUCAUUGGACUUACAAUUAUGGUGCCAUUAUAGUGUUGGCAAUUAAAACAAAAAGAAGCUCAAGAUAAAUUAAGUUUCGUCAUAUCUAGAGGCCUAGCCGAUGUGUAAUAUGGUUGAUGGUACUGUGAGUAAUAUUAAUGGUGUUGCUGUAUCUUUCUAAACUAUCAUGAAUCAUGAUACAGUAAUAUAAUUAAAUGUUACUGUCAGUGUCUGUCCACCCUAGUGUAACGUUGUUCCAUAAUCGUAUAUUCGUGUAAUAGCGUGUAAUACUUAUAAUUUACGAUUAUUUAAUUAAUUGUAAUUAAUAUAAUUUGAUCUCAUAGCUAUCAAAAUAUUGGCAUUAUAUUAUUUCAAAAUAAAAUAAAAUUUGGUUAAAAUAAUAUAAUUGUAUUUAACUGUAUUUGGUGUCAUUUUGUAAAUCAUCACAAAUUAUUGUGCCCAUGAGGAAUGGCUGAACGAAUUCAUGAUUUUCGUUGAAACAUGUCAUAUGUUCUUUUAAGUUAAAUUAGUACAAAAAUAUUUUUAUGUUUGUUAUCUACUAAAUACCUAUAUUAUUUUCUGUAAAAACGAGAAAACUGAUUGUCAGUGCAAUAAUUUGUAUUGAAUACUCCCCCAGGGCUAAUGAUUUUAUUUCAGUUUGACUUAUGGUUUAAUUACACUACUUUUAAGUGAAGUGAUGAGAUAUAUUAUUUUAUCAUAAUUUGCAAGUAUGGUUUGUAUUUAUUGUACAAAUAAAAUUUUGCAUUGAAAUAAA